UCAGGGUUCUAUUCACAGAGGAGAUUUACGCUGCUACGGCGACGUAGCUCCCAUUCAUUCUGUGGGAACUUGCGCCGGAGCGGGGAAGAAUCCGCAAGUGCUGCCUGUUCCUGUCUGCUCCUCCCUCCUUCCCUGUUCCCAGGUGAGGUCAGCCGGAUCAGGAGGAAAGAAACGGGUGACCGGGAAGAGAUGGCUGGCAAGGAGAACGAGCUGUGCGAGAGCCUUAUUAUCUGGUUACAGACGUUUAACACCAGCGCCCCAUGUAAGACGAUCGAAGACCUUAGCCGUGGCAUGGCCAUGGCGCAAGUACUUCACCAAAUAGACGGCUCUUGGUUUAACGAGUCUUGGCUGGGACGCAUUAAAGACGACGUCGGUGAUAAUCGAAGGAUAAAGAUCAACAAUCUAAAGAAGAUCCUCCAGGGGAUUGGGGAUUAUUACAAAGAGGUUCUGGACCAGCAAAUCUCGGAGUUCCUCCCCGACCUCAACCAGAUUGCGGAACAUUCGGACCCGACGGAAAUGGGGCGACUGAUACAGCUCAUUCUGGGGUGCGCCAUUAACUGCGAGAAGAAACAAGAACACAUCCAGAUCAUCAUGACCCUGGAAGAGUCCGUACAGCAUGUGGUAAUGACUGCCAUUCAGGAGCUCAUGAGUAAGGACAGUGUGGACUUUCCAUUGGUGGAACUAGAAGGAGAUCUGGAGCAUCAGCUGAAGAGGACAAUGGAAUUACUUCAGGAAGCAGAAGCUGAGAAAGAGGAGCUGAAGCAGAGGUGUCAGGAGCUGGACCUCCAGGUGGCGGGACUUCAAGAGGAAAGAAACAGCUUAUUGGCCGAAAACGAAGUGCAGAACGAACGGCUAAACCAAUUAGAUUCCUUCGAAGAACCGACCAAUAUGGCAGCCAAAAAAUAUUUCCAGAUCCAGCUGGAGCAGCUACAGGAAGAAAAUUACAGGCUGGAAGCGGCAAAGGAUGAUUAUCGGGUUCACUGCGAGGAGUUGGAGAAACAGCUGAUUGAGACGCAGAAUCGCAGUGUUGAGCUGGCCAGUCUAGCUGAGGAGUCGAGGGCUUUAAAAGAUGAAAUGGAUGUUCUCAGAGUGACGGCAGAUAAAGCCACCAAGCUAGAAUCCACCUUAGAAACGUACCGCAAGAAACUGGAGGACCUCAAUGACCUACGAAAACAAGUGAAGACCCUGGAGGACACAAAUUUAAUGUACAUGCACAAUACGGUGAGCCUGGAGGAGGAUCUGAAGAAAGCCAACGCCACCCGCACUCAGCUGGAGACCUACAAACGGCAGGUCCAGGAUCUCCACACCAAACUUUCCCUGGAAAGUAAGAGAGCGGACACCUUGGCAUUCGAGCUGACCAAACUGCACGAGAAGCAGGACGCACUGGGGAAGGAAAAAGAGAGACUGAUUGUCCAGCGUGACGCUCUGAAGGAAACCAAUGAGGAGCUGAGAUGUUCUUUGGUGCAGCAAGACCAUCUAAGUCAGUCUGAAGAUUCUGGAUUCAAAAGUAACGACAACCUCGCAGCAGAGCUCCUUCCAGUGGAGUAUCGGGAGAUGUUCAUCAGACUUCAGCAUGAAAACAAAAUGCUGCGCGUGCAGCAGGAGGGCUCGGAGAACGAGCGGAUCACUGAGCUGCAGACACAGCUGGAGGAGAAGCAGAGGAAGAUGAGCGAGAUGGAGACGGAGAACAGAUUGAACGCGGGCCGCGUGGAGGAGUUACAGCAGCAGAUAGCGGAUCUCCAGAAGACGUUACAGAAUCAGGACACGGAAGCAGAAGGAGCCGGGUCCAGCACUCUGAAGAAGAAGAUCGAGGCUCGAAUGUAAGUACGCGUCGAUCUGUG